AGAGUUAGUUACUAGAGAUACAUAUUCGAUUGCUGUUGUGCCUGCCAGCUUAUUCAGUUGCGAUUUUACCCUCGUUUCGAGUAGAACGUGUAUGUUUUUAUGUCUUGGCAAAUAUAAAUCGAAUAAAGCCUUUUUUCAACUUACAACUACAAUAUUAUAGUCGUCAAAUAAAAGAUAGAGUAUCUCAAAGUCUAAAAAAAAGUAUCUUUUUAGACUUUUUUCGCAGUAACUUCUUGUUUCUGGUCUUAUUUUUUCUAACAAAAGUGCGGGAGCUUAAAUAAAUAAAAUUUAGAAUAAAAAGAUAUAAAGUCUACGACAACAAUUUGAUGUGGUGUGAAUUUUUUUUCUAAGAAAAAUUAGAAAAAAAAGUGGAAGAAGAUAAAAAAAAAGAUAAAUUAAGUGAAAUAUCUUGGGAUAAAUUUGAAUUCCAUCAACUUUUUUCUGUUUCGUUUUUUUUUUUCUGUUCUUUUUUGUUUGCGCUGAAAGGUCCUUCAAGUUCCUGAACCACGAGGGAUAAAUCACAAAAAAAAGGACGCAUUUAUCGGAACAUUUUUGAUUGGAUGCAAAUUUAAUAUUAUUUAUCCCGCCUGCCAUGGACUCAGCUAGUCUAUCACACUGCGGCACCCGCAAAUUUUUCUAAAUUAAUUUUGUCAAUCCGACAAAACUACAGAUAGCAACAUCGAUUCCAAAAAAGAAUCGAGCCAGCAUAAAAAUAUAAAUACACUAGAGGGCAAUUUUCCGCACAUUAAAAAAAAAAGAAAAAUUAUUGAAAUCGCAAAAAUUUCAAAAUGGGUUUAUUCACAGCGGCAGUAACUUUAGUCACAUUAACAGUGUUAUUCACUGUAAUUCAAUCACAAGAAUACAUUCGCAUAAAACGCCGCAUGUAUGCGAUGUGUCCGCCAAAAUUUCAACGAAUCGGUUCCGAAUGUUACGCAAUCUCAGAUCAACCAGCCAAUUGGCUUGAGGCUCAUUUCCAGUGCAAGGAUAAAAACAGUAAAUUAGCAGAGCCAAAUAAUAAAUCAGAUCGAAAGCUGAGGGCUUUCUUUCAGCGAAUGGAUCAUGAUACUGAUGAAAUCUGGAUUGGUGCAACAUUCGAUUGGCACAUAAAUACUUGGCAAUGGAGUAUUAGUGGCAAGAAUUUAAGCUACGAUGCUUUUAGCCGACUGGAUCCCGAGAGCAGACAAAAUCUGGAAUAUCAUUGUGCCGUGCUUAAUCCAUCUUUGAAAUACAGAUGGUCGGCACGUUCAUGCGUUGACAAGCAUCGUUACAUAUGCCAACACAAAAUGCCAAAAGUUAGCGAAAAGAAUCGCUUCAAAGUCUACGAUCGUUGGAAUCAAACUUAUCCAAAUCAAAUGGCCAAUGAAGUGGAAAUGGAAGUUAUUGAUACUAAAACAAAAGAUGGAAAGAGAACUAAUCGAAGAGUAAAACCAAUUGACAGUGGAGAGAACUACCCAAUGCCUCCGAGACGUUCAUCUCAACCAAUCAAGCAACGUCGACGACCCCACGUGCCACCAAAGGAAACCUCCAGCAACGAUAUCAACGUCAAGUUCAUUCCCAAUUACUUUACAAACGAUAUCAAUGGAGACGUGAGCUAUCGCAAUUCUCUUCCAGCUACCAUGUUUCCACUAACAAUGGACUUUAUACCUGCCGAUAUGGCUAUUGACAAUGGUAAUGUGCAGGCUGCCCAGGCUUAUAUGGACACAACGACCAAGCGACCUCGAAACCCUACGAACGCCCCAUCAAGCGAUAACGAAACUGUCGAUCAGACAAGACCCAGAACAACACCACAAGGCGGCAAACGAGUUAAAACCAAGUUUGAUAAACUUAACGAAGAAAAACGCCGACAAGAGCGAGAACGCAAACGUGCCGAACAUCGUCGCCGUAAACAGAUGCGUCUACAGGCUAAGCAACAGGAGGAAGAACGUAAGAAGAAGGAGCAAGAAGAGGAACUGAAGAAACAAGAAGAGGAACGUAAGAAGCUAGAAGAAGAGAGAAAGAAGCUAGAACAAGUCGCAAUUGAUCAAUUGAAAUUGAAACAAGCCGAAGAAGAGAAACAGUUUAAGGAAGAUGAAGAGGCAGCCUUAGCCGAACGCCAAAAAUUACAAUCUCAACUAGAAAAUUCCAAAAAAGAACAAGAACGCCAAGAGGCAGAGGAGAAAAUAUUAAAGGAAAAACGUGAAGAAGAAGAGGAACGUGUUCGCAAAGAACGUCUCCAUGAACAAAAUCGUCUACAAUUGGAAUACGAAGAGAGACUUAAGGAACAACAAACUGAACGCGAGCGAAAAUUGGAGGAAGAGAAAAAAGUAGCUGAGGAAAAUCGUCGUCGUGCAGAGCAGGAGGAAGCCACCCGUCAAGAAGAACUCAAACGUCUGCAAGAAGAAGACGAAAAACGACUGGAACUUCAGCGAAUGGAAAUUGAACGAAAACGACAAGAAAAAGAGCUGGCUCGUCUGGAAGAAGAGAAUCUUAAGCGUAUAGCUGCCCAGAAAGCUCGUGAAGAAGAAAUUCGUCGCCGUGAAGAAGCUUUAGCAGCUCAACUGGUCGAAGAGAAACGUCUCGAAGAAGAAUUAAGGCAACAAGAAGAAAAAGAUCGAUUAAUGCACGAACAAGAAUUACAGAGUGAUAUUGAAGAGAAAAAACGAAAAGAAGAAGCAGAGAGAUUAGAAAUUGAACGAAAAGAAGAACUACGCAGAAAGAAGGUGGAAAAACUUAAAGAAAAACUCGAUAGUGAAACUAAAAAGCUGGAAGAAGAAAAGAAAGAAGAACGCAAAGAGAAAAUUCGAAAAUAUGCCGAACGCAUUUCAAGAUUAUCACCAGAAAUGCAAAGGAAAUUCAUCGAAGCACGACGCAAUCGCAAGAAGAAUAAGAACUCUGAUAACGAAGCGUCCAUUCCAGAGCGAAAGUAAAUUUUAUAAAUUAUUUUUACUAUUAAUUAAUUAAUUAAUAUUAUUAUCGAGUCAUAAAAUGCGAGAUGUUUAAGUUUUUUUUUAUAAUGUACGUAAAAUUAGUUCUUCGUUAAGUUUUUAAAAAAAUAUUAUAUAUGUAUCUCUCUCUCUCUUUAGAAUUCAAAAAAAUCAUUUUCAUUUAUGUAUUUCCUCUGCCAAUAACCAUUGUGCUGCUAAAAAUUGAUAUUUUAUGUUUCGUUAAGUUUUGUAUUGUUUCAUCAAUUCAAACAUAAUAUUAUAUAUUUUUUUACGUUUUUCAUGCAUCAGUAAGUUAUUUAUGAUAAUUAGAAAUACCUAAAUAGUUUUAAAGAAGAAAAAAAAAAAAAUAAACAAAAUAAAAGAUGAGAAUCUAACUUAACGAAAGAAAUCUAACCCAACCUUUCACAGAUAUUUUUACCUAAAAUAUAAAUUUUAAGGUACAGAAUGACUUAAUUGAUGAAAAUUGUUUAAACUGUUCGACUGUCAAAAACUUAACGAAUCCCAAAUAUGUCAAAUCAUUAAGAAGUUCGUUAAAAGAUUUUGUUUCAUAGCAGUAUUUCUAUAUUUACACGUAACUAACGUUGUUAUUAGCUGUCAAGCUCAAUUUAUUAUUCAAAAGUUCUUCGCUAAAAAAAGUUCCUUGCUCAAAUAUUCCACCUUUUUUGACCCUGUUAUUUUCUCUACAUAUUAUUUAGACUUUAUUUUUUUAUUAUAUUAAAAAAACAUGUGUCCUCGCUCAAGUCGUAUUUUUAUUUAAAAAAUAUUCAAGAGAAAUAAAAUAAAAAAGAAAUAUUAUGAUUUAUAUGUAAAUGUAAAUAUAUAAUAUUUAAAAAUAUAGAAGUAGGAUUUUUUUUAU